AUGCCGACACGCCCUUACUAUCCCGUCCAGGCUUUAUUGCUCCUCAGAGUUAAGGAAGGGGCGAUGACAGGCUUCGCUCUCCAGUCUUCCGGAUCAGUGCCAAAACUAUGGGUCUCCCAGAAGGUCUCCGCUACCAUCACCGGUUUCACUAAUGGUUUCUUCGAUGUACAGACCAAAAAGCUGUCCUCUUCUGAAUCACAGAUGCUGCGGUGGUUGCCAUCACGGAGGCUCGAGAACCCGCUCUUUGAUCUCGUUGUCACUGGGCCGUCUAUGGAGCUUAGGAGGGCUAACAUGAAAACCGGCACCCCAGGAGCCGCAUGGUCCGUCCUUCUUCAGGCAGUAUCCCGCGAACCUCGCGUAGAUGCAGUUAUGAUGCUUUCCUCUCGGUGCAAGCAGCCCCUUUCAUUGUGGGAUAAAGGCUCUGCUCCCGAUCUUCACUUAUCUUCAAGUUCAUGUCCCUCUUCAAUUCACUUCUAA